UGAAGAGAGAAGGGGGUGCCGCCCACCUCUGCUCCGACAGCCUCCCCGAGUCCCAGCAGCAAGACGGCCACCACGCACCCAACUUCGCCUGCCACAGCCCAUGCCGCCGUCGCCAGCGGCGCCGACAUGACAAGGCGCUGCAUGCCCGCUAGGCCAGGUUUCCCCUCAUCCCCAGCCCCGGGGUCGUCGCCCCCGCGCUGCCAUCCGAGACCCGGUAGUACCGCCCCUGCUGCAGCGGGAAAGAGAACAGAGAGUCCUGGGGACAGGAAUCAGUCAAUUAUAGAUUUCUUCAAACCAGCUACAAAACAAGACAGACCUAUGUUGGAUUCUCCACAAAAGUCAAACAUCAAAUAUGGAAGAAGUGGAUUGUCCUUUGCAGGGACAGAGCAGUUUGAAAGGAAGCUAUCCUCACCAAAAAAAUCAAAACCCAGAAGGCUUCCCUCAGACAAGAGCCCUAUUUUAAAAGCUUUCAUGAAAGAUGUGAAAGAGCAACAUAAAGAUCAUAGCGUACAUGAGUCACGUCUGCCUUGUGUGUCACUGGACACCACAUUUUCAAAAGGGGUUACCAAAGUCUAUGCUCCUUCCUAUCACUUGUCCAAAGAGAAAGCCCGGAAGAAGAAACAUCGUUCUCCAGAGAGACGGAAGUCAACGCUCAUGCUUGAAAAUAACAGGAAGGAAGGUGAUAAAGAUCAAGACAAAACCAGUACCAGUGGCAAACCGCAAGCUCCUGGGGCAGAAGCCGAAAUCUUCAAGAACAACUCUCGAAGUCUAAGCAGGAGUAGCCUAUCUAGGCAUCACUCAGGAGAAAGCCCACUUGGAGCCAAGUUUCAGUCAUCACUGGCUUCUUAUCGCAGAGAAAGGGAACUAAGGAAGAUGAGAAAGGAAAAAAUCAAGCAGAGAAUCAACUCAGAAAAUUCCUUCUCCGAAACAAGCAACCUUUCCUUAAACUCUUCUAGUAUUGGAAGACAUUCUAAAGCAACGCAGGAACAAAGCAAGCAGAACAAUGUCAUACCUGGAAAAAGUAAUCUUUCAACCCUGGAAAAUGCACAUCUUUCAAGAAAAAGAUCCUCUUCUGAGUCUUGGGAACCUGCUUCAGCAGGCUCUAAGAAUAAGUUACCUGACAAAAGAAAAAGGAGCUCUGUGAACUCAGAUCUGAAAAGCACCAGGGAAUCUGUAAUACCGAGAACAAAGGAGGCCUUCCCAGAGAAGCGUCCCAAUGGGCCACCUCGGAAAGAAGAAUUUGUGAAACACAUUGCACUAAAGAUCCCUGGUGAAGUCUUGCGCUUAGAAGAAAUGCCCUCCAACAAACCGAGCAUUGAAGCUGAUGGCUCCUUGGAGCGCUUAGCACCUUCAAAUUCUAGCCGCCAUUCUUCCAAGAUCAGUGACCAGCUUCAUGUGGCAAGUACCAAAGAGACUAAGAUGCUGAAACCCCAUUUACCUUUACCUCAGGAAAAAUCUACAGUUAAGAAAGCUAGCAAUCUUCAGAAGAAUAAAACUGCUGGCUCUGUGACAUCAAAGGAGACAAACCCUCUACCUUUACUUUCCCAUGUUCCAAGUGCUGGUUCCUCUCGGGUACCAUUAAAUGCUAAAAAUUGCACUCUUCCGGUGUCUAAAAAAGAUAAAGAGCGUUCCUCAUCUAGAGAAUGUUCUGGCCAUUCUGCAGAGUCCUCCAAACACAAGGAACACAAAACAAAGACUCAUAAGGCUGAUUCUAAUAACGCUUCAGGGAAAGUGUCUGGGGAAUCUUUGCGUUCAGAAUAUGGCACUCCUGCCAAGUCUCCUCCAGCUACUUUGGAAGUUGUGCCAUGUGUCCCACGUUCUACUGCUCCUUCAGAUAAAGAGAGUUCAGGAAAUUCUAAUGCAGGUAGCAGUGCACUGAAAAGAAAACUAAGGGGUGGUUUUGAUAGUGAUGAAGAAAGUUUAGGUUACAACCUAGACAGUGAUGAGGAAGAGGAGACAUUAAAAUCACUGGAAGAAAUAAUGGCUGCGAACUUCUGUCAGACUCCUACAACCACAGGAAAGCCUCCUGCUUUUCCCAAGGGGCUUAGAGCUCAGUCAUCAGAUUAUACAGAACGUGGUCCCAGUGGAACUUACUCAAAUACUUUAGAGCGUCUGGUGAAGGAGAUGGAAGACACUCAGAGGCUAGAUGAGCUGCAGAAGCAACUCCAGGAGGACAUAAGACAGGGCCGAGGCAUUAAGUCCCCUCUCAGACUCGGAGAUGACGACAGUACAGACGAUGAGGACGGCCUCCUGGAAGAGCACAGGGAGUUUUUAAAAAAAUUUUCAGUUACAAUCGAUGCUAUUCCUGAUCAUCAUCCAGGCGAAGAAAUAUUUAAUUUCCUCAAUUCUGGAAAAAUUUUUAAUCAACAUACGCUGGAUUUAAGAGACUCUGGUUUUAUCGGCCAAACUGCUGUCGAAAGACUUAUUCUUAAAUCUGGAAAAAGAGAUCAGAUUUUUUUGACAACACAAGGCUUCCUGACUUCUGCUUAUCACAAUGUCCAGUGCCCUAUAUCUGUAUUAAAGUGGCUAUUUCGGAUGAUGUCGGUUCAUACAGACUGCAUCGUGUCUGUGCAGAUUUUAAGUACAUUGAUGGAAAUAACAAUUCGAAAUGAUAUCUUCAGUGACUCACCAGCUUGGCCCUGGAUCCCAUCAUUAGCUGAUAUAGCAGCUGUGUUUUUCAACAUGGGAAUUGAUUUCAGGUCUUUGUUUCCUCUUGAGAAUCUGCAGCCAGACUUUAAUGAAGCCAGUCUAGUAAGUUUUGAAACACAGGGGACAUCAGCAGGGAAAAGGACUGAGGAGUCGUCUGAUGAGCCAAUUUUUUCAACUCUUCCCGAAACCAACAUUGUGAAUGUGGUUAAGUUUCUAGGCCUGUGUACAUCUAUAUAUCCAGAAGGUUACCAGGACCGUGAAAUAAUGUUGCUGAUUUUAAUGUUGUGUAAAAUGAGUUUGGAAAAGCAGCUGAAGCAGAUUCCUCUGGUGGACUUUCAAAGCCUCAUGAUAAACCUGAUGAAAAACAUCAGAGAUUGGAACACAAAGGUGCCUGAACUCUGCGAAGCCAUAAAUGACCUCUCCAGUCAUCCCCACAACCUCCUGUGGUUGGUACAGUUGGUUCCUAACUGGACAUCACGUGGAAGGCAACUGAGACAGUGCCUUAGUCUGGUGAUUAUUUCAAAACUUUUGGAAGAGAAGCAGGAAGAUAUCCCUAAUGCCAGUAACCUGCAGAUAACAGUUCUACAUCACUAUCUUGUGCAAAUGAAGCCUUCUCAUUUGUUAAAGAAAAUGGUCUUGAAGAAAAGGGCUGAACAACCAAAUGGCACCAUUGAUGAGAGUCUCCAUUUGGAACUUGAAAAGCAGGCCUAUUACCUGACCUUUGUUCUUCUCCAUUUAGUCGGUGAAGUUAGUUGCUCUCAUUCUUUUUCACCUGGACAACGGAAACACCUGGUGAGACUCUGUGGGGCUUUGGAAAAGCAUGUUAAGUGUGAUAUCAGAGAAGACCCCAAACGUUUUUAUAGAACGAAGGUGAAAGACUUGGUUGCCAGGAUACAUGGAAAAUGGCAAGAAAUAAUCCAGAACUGCCAACCUACUCAGGGGCAGCUUCAUGACUUCUGGGUGCCAGAUUCUUAACAGGAGUUACAGCAGCGUCAAUGUGAACCAAAAGAAAUUCAACCAGAGUGUGUUCAAGAAGGUAUGAAAGAUGACUACAGAGUCCAAUGGAAUGCUAAUCUGCUGCAGCUGUGCCCCAGUGACUAACUGGUAUGAUGAAGCUGGUAAUGAUGAAAUUGCCGUUUCCUCUGUGGAUACAAAACGUGAUCUGCUUAAUUGUUAAGGCAACUGAACUUUCAAAGGAACAGAGUCUUUUGAAGGGAGAGGUGAAGUAGAACAGCUCAUCCAACCUGCUCUUAUUAACCCCUUGUUAAAUUGUAAGCGAUGACCUUUUCUUGGAUUCUAUCUAUGGCACUUGGAUAAUAAUCACAGCAGGUAUGUGUGAAGAAAAGGGUUUGGACCAACCUGAAGGGUUGGACAUGGGAAUUAAGACCAAGUUCCAGAUGAGUUUCACUUUUUUCCAAAAAAUUUUAGAACUAAGUUUCAUAUCGAAAGACAUGAAUCUGCUCUGUAUCUCCUAUAAGCCACGGGGAGCUUUUUAUCCACAUUUUUUCCUGCACUAUUCACUACAAAUCUGUUCGGUUUUUAAAAUAUGUUUAAACAAAUAAUUGGAAACAAGAAAUUUGAUGGUCAAUUUCCCAGAAAGGGGGGAGAAGUUCAGCUGUAAAGUAACGCCUCUGUUUUAAUGCCAAAACAUUCCCUUGCAGUUUGUUUUGGAUUUCUUUUAGGUGCAUACAUUUUGUAAACUACAGAUUAAAGUUUAGACUCCUUGUUAAAUUUUAGUAGUUUGGCUCUUAGUCGCCAUGUUAUAAGGUUUAAAGGUCUAGACAAGUUGCCAAAAAUCUUGUCAUUAAGUACAUGACAUCGGCCGAGAUCUGGAUGGUAUUGAUUCUUUGGGGUGUGUGUGAGGGAGAGAAUGCACUUAGGGACACGUGUUCAUGUGUGCUUGUAUCUUGAAGUUGUUGCACUUGAAAACCAUAGCUGCUCUGAAUUCUUAAAACACUGGAAAGCCAUCCUUUGGUUUAAAUGGUGGAGGUGCACGGGCUGCUCUUAGUCCGUUCAAGGGCCCUUUGAAGCCUUUGGUAGGGACAUACUCUCUUACUAACUAACGAUCAGUCCUUUCAUGACUGACUGCCCCUUGAGGGAGGGUUUCUUUCCUGAAAGAGCAUGUCAGCUUAAUUUUGGUUUUUCCUUUUUUCGGUCACACUGCUCUCUUGAGCACCCUCAUGUCCAUCGUCGCGCCGCCCCCUCCCCUCCCCCAGUUGGUGGGGGAGAGAUAGUGAAGGGAAAGGGAACUGGACUUAAUUUGAGGGGAUAGAAAGUUUUUGAGAAAGAGCUCUCUACCUGGAAAUUGAAGCUUAGAAGUCAAAAAGCAUUCUAUCUUAGUCAUCAUUUAAAAUCGCAUCAGUCACAUUUUAGCCCGCUGUCAGGCCUUUGGGCAGUUAGAGAUUUUACAGCAAAGGCUUACCUAAAUCCAGUUCCCAAGAAAUUUGGCUGAAUGAGGUUCCAAGAGUCAGACCAACAAAAGUUUUGUUCUGUGUUGAGUUUACUGGUAAGAAAAUUAUCUUGAUACUACCUCUCAAGGGUAUUGUUACAAAAUGCCACUUAGGGUUAAAGAGAUAGAUACAAAGAGUUAUGUUUAACAGAAGCUUGAAACUCUGGCAUCUAUCUGCCCAACAAUGGGGGCUUUCACUCUGUAAUUUAAUCUUUUGUAGAUACAUUAUUUGUGUGUAAUUUUAUAAGUGUUCAUAUUUUUCUCAUUUUGCAUUGUGUAAAGUGUACAAAACCUCAAAGUAUAAAAUACUGCUAUAUUGCUUGUAAUUACAGUGUGUAAAUAUUUUCUAAUCGUGUAAAUUGACAGGGGACAAGUGGAUUAUUCAGGUUUGGUUUUUUGUUUGUUUGUUUAAGGUGACCCUUCUUUAUAUGGCAGUUUCACCAGAUAAUUACUCAUCAAAUUUAGAGCCACUUUGAUACAUUUUUAUUUAACAGUUCCACUAAAAAAAAAUCUUAAAUUGACUUUCUCCAUUAGAGAAAAGCAUUUCAUCAAUAAUCUUUAAAGUAAAUGGCCAGACAUUCGUUUGGGCCCUUGCAUUUGUAACUCGGGUAGAUGUCUUCGGCCUGACCGUCGCCCAGGCAGUAUUUGCAUCUGGGCUCCCCAUAAACUGUGUUGAUUCUCUUUUCGCACAACUGGCCCAUGGAUUUUCUCCCAGAUCAAGUUAUUUCCCUUCUCCCUCUUGAGCCCCCACGCUGUGACUCCCUCCUGCUUCUCUUGCCUAGUGGCAGUGAGGGAGAAAAUGUUCAUUGCACAGAAAAUGCCAGCCCCCUUUGAGGACUUGGCAAACAAAGCUUGCACUGAGUGGUGGUGUGUUUGGCAAUGUUACUGUGCCAAAAAUCACCUUAUCUAAUUUCUGGAUAAGCAAUGUCAAAUGUAUUACCCUUAGUGCAAGCCGAAAACUAAGGUACUGUGUUUAUGCUUUUGUGUGUAACGUUUGCCUUUUCUAAACUGCUUUUCUUGUUAUCUGGAAAUAAUCAGUUAUAUUAUCAUGUUACGUGAAGCAGCUCUCUCUGGAUAAAGUGCAUCGAUGUAGCAGUAACAGCAGCGUACGCUCUCUAUCUCCUGGUGGCAGUGGUGCCUUUGUCGCCUUUCAGAAGGUUGGCAUUCUGUCUUUGUUUUGAAGUGCCCCCGGUAGCUUGCUUGUAGACUUCACACAAUCUCCCCAAAUGUGAAAGACUGUGGUGUGCUGCUCCCAGGCUCAGCUGGUUGAACGUUGGUAUUUGCAUUUCUAUCAAAUAAGUAUAAUUAGUGGGGACUGGCCAGUACCAAAGUGUGAAGUCUUUUAAGUCAGAAAAUCAUUUUUAAAUUAAAAAAAGAGGUGACCCAUUAACAACUGACACUGAGCUGGAGAAUGGGGGAGGCCUGCCCUGGUUUACCAGGUGCGGGUGCGGGGGUCAGUGAAGCGGCUGGCGUUACCUGUGGUUCUGAGGGCGGACCCAUUACCAGUGUCUUUUGCCUCUCCAUGUCUGCAUCCGUCUUCUGGCGGCCCUGUCGGCCACUUUAUCCACCAGCUCUGAGACAGGCAGCUCACAGGAAAAUACGGAGUUUUUGUUUUCAUUUUUUUUUUUUUAAGAUUUUAUACUACAUCUGUUUAUGAAUGUAUGUGUGUUAUUAAAACUGCUUUUUCUCAGUUUAAA